ACGCCGCAGGACGGGGGCCAAUCAGAGCGCAACAUUGCCUCCACGACGGCGCGAGCGUGAGACGUCAUCAGUGAGCGUCGACCGCUGUUGGGAAGCGAAUUUCCUAGAAACGGUCGUGCGGAGAGAGAGGAGGCCUCAGUAUGUCUCUGGCCGACGAGCUCCUGGCUGACCUGGAGGAGGCAGCAGAAGAGGAGGAAGGAGGGAGCUAUGGGGAGGAGGAGGAGGAGCCAGCGAUUGAGGAUGUGCAGGAGGAGACUCAGCUGGAUCUUUCCGGGGACUCGGUCAAGAGCAUCGCCAAGCUGUGGGACAGCAAGAUGUUCGCCGAGAUCAUGAUGAAGAUUGAGGAGUAUAUCAGCAAGCAGGCCAGCGCCGCGGAAGUGAUGGGCCCUGUGGAGGCGGCCCCCGAGUACCGGGUCAUUGUGGACGCCAACAACCUGACAGUGGAGAUCGAGAACGAGCUGAACAUCAUCCACAAGUUCAUCCGGGACAAGUACUCAAAGCGGUUUCCUGAGCUGGAGUCGCUAGUCCCCAGCGCACUGGAUUACAUCCGCACCGUCAAGGAGCUGGGCAACAGCCUGGACAAGUGCAAGAACAACGAGAACCUGCAGCAGAUCCUGACCAAUGCCACCAUCAUGGUGGUGAGCGUCACCGCCUCCACCACCCAGGGGCAGCAGCUGUCGGAGGAGGAGCUGGAGCGGCUGGAGGAGGCCUGCGACAUGGCACUGGAGCUGAACGCCUCCAAGCACCGCAUCUACGAGUACGUGGAGUCGCGGAUGUCCUUCAUCGCGCCCAACCUGUCCAUCAUCAUCGGGGCAUCCACGGCCGCCAAGAUCAUGGGGGUGGCGGGCGGCCUGACCAACCUCUCCAAGAUGCCCGCCUGCAACAUCAUGCUGCUUGGGGCCCAGCGCAAGACGCUGUCGGGCUUCUCGUCCACCUCGGUGCUGCCCCACACCGGCUACAUCUACCACAGCGACAUCGUGCAGUCUCUGCCCCCGGACCUCCGGCGGAAAGCGGCCCGGCUGGUGGCUGCCAAGUGCACACUGGCUGCCCGCGUGGACAGCUUCCACGAGAGCACGGAGGGCAAGGUGGGCUAUGAGCUGAAGGACGAGAUCGAGCGCAAAUUCGACAAGUGGCAGGAGCCACCACCCGUGAAGCAGGUGAAGCCGCUGCCUGCGCCCCUCGAUGGGCAGCGCAAGAAGCGAGGUGGCCGCAGGUACCGCAAGAUGAAGGAGCGGCUGGGGCUGACGGAGAUCCGGAAGCAGGCCAACCGCAUGAGCUUUGGGGAGAUCGAGGAGGACGCCUACCAGGAGGACUUGGGCUUCAGCCUCGGCCACCUUGGCAAGUCAGGCAGUGGGCGUGUGCGGCAGACACAGGUGAACGAGGCCACCAAAGCUAGGAUCUCCAAGACACUGCAGCGGACCCUGCAGAAGCAGAGCGUGGUGUACGGCGGAAAGUCCACCAUCCGCGACCGCUCCUCAGGGACUGCCUCCAGCGUGGCCUUCACCCCACUCCAGGGCCUGGAGAUUGUGAACCCACAAGCAGCAGAGAAGAAGGUGGCUGAGGCCAACCAGAAGUAUUUCUCCAGCAUGGCCGAGUUCCUCAAGGUCAAGGGUGAGAAGAGCGGCAUCAUGUCCACCUGAGGGGCCACGGCUCAGGUUGGAGGGACACGGAGGCCCUGCCUUUCUGAAGGGAUCCAGGUCAGGAUGUGGCUGGGAGAGCCGCCCCGCCAUCGCCGGUGCUGGGACUGUCCAGAGAGGCACGGGAGGAGGCCCGGCCCCUGGAGCCGAGAUCGCCACCCACCUCGGGGGCAGAGCCAAUCCUUGUCACGCGUCUUUUUUAUUAUAAAUGGGAAAGGAGACACCUUUGGAAAAAGUGCAAUUAAAAGCACAUUAUCAGGA